CCCGGAUAUCACACAUUCUUCGUGCCGAUCGGCGAAGUGCGUCCCGAGGCCUUCGACAAGUACGUAGUGUUAGGACACGUGAUCCCAAACAAUGUCCUCUUCUUGAAUGUGAUGGGAAAGGAGUCGUACCGCUCGGCCGCCAACGACGCGACCGUCAAUGUGGAGCUCUCUCUCAUCAACCGAACCCUCCGUAUAAAUCCGGAGCAAACGUAUUACGUUCAGUCCAAUACCAUUAAAGCCGAUCCCAGACAUAACAAGGGUGUUGUCAUGAGUCGAGUGCUCAGACCCAACAUUCCCAUCAAGAAUGGUGUCAUUCAUCUGAUUGAGAAGCCGCUGAUGAUUAUCGACACGUCGAUCAUCGACUUCCUGCAACAGGAGGCCGACGGCCGGCUCAAGAUGUUCAACAAACUGCUGGAUCGGGUGCCGGAGAUCCGGUCGGAGAUCAGUCGACUCGACCAGAAGACCAUUUUGGCGCCGACUGACGCCGCCUUCAGUAAUCUGAAUGAGAGUGAAAACGACACAAAACUCGAGUAUUUGAUCCAAAAUAUCGACAAAUUGCGAGACCUGUUGAGACUGCAUAUGGUUAGCGGUCAGUCGGUCUCCACGGAUGACAUCCGACACGGAGUUAAGCCGGAAGUGCAGUCGGCGGACGGCCGACGAAACCUGUACUUCCGAGUCGUGGGCGAAGACCCCAACACUCGGCUCACAGUAGAGGGCGGAGGAGUGAACGCCACUGCCGUUCAGGCGGACAUCGGAGCCACGAAUGGCAUCAUUCACGUGAUCGAUCGGGUGCUGGGAAUGCCUUUCCAGAACAUCUAUGACAAACUGAAUACGGAUCCGUCGCUGAACUUCACGUUUGAAUUGGGACGACAGGGAAACCAGAACUGGAACGAACAGCUUCUUCGAGAGGACAGACGGUUCACAUACUUCGUGCCCUCCAAUGACGCCUGGGAUCAGUUCAAGAAAGAGAAUCCAUCGGAAUAUAAACAGUUGGAAAUGAAACAAUUUCCGGCCAACACUAGAAACAUUCUGGACAGACAUUUAGUAGUGAACCAACAAAUCUCAUCGACACAACUGGAGACACAGUUUGACACAAUACACACCGUCAAAGGCAUACUCAAAGUGGCCAAAGGCCAGGUUCAGUUUGGUAAGUUAUGU